AUGAGAUGCCUGCCUUCUAUAUCCCCGUCCUCUGACAUCCGCUCUGCUUGGCCAUUUCAGGUUGAACAGCCGCGUUUCGUGGAGUUGGAGGAGGUGUCCACAGAACUGCGGUUGAAGCAACUCUUGUGGGACAGCAUCACCGAAUGGGAUGAGAAGCAGCAGAAGUGGAUGGAGGCAGAUUUCCUGUCCCUUGACCCCGAGGAGGUGUCUGGAACCACCAUGAAGUUCAACAAGACAGUCACCCAACUGGAAAAGGGUCUCCCACCAAAUAACGUUGUUCCUCUUCUGAAGUACAAGGUUGACAAAAUGCGAGUAAUGGUAAGCGUUCUGCAUAAUAAAACACUACCAGCAAUAUCGGACAUGCGGAAUCCUGCGUUGAAACAACGGCACUGGGCCCUGCUGGAGGAAGUUAUCGGCUUUUCCAUGAAGGAGUUGCCCAUGCCGCUCAAUCUGGGCAAACUGGUCGAAUUGAACGCAUUUCAACACUCUGAGAGGAUUCAGGAAAUUGCCGGCAUGGCCAGUUCAGAGGCCAGUCUGGAGACACUGCUGAAGAAGGUACGUUGA